UAAACAACUCUCACGAUGGCUUCCAGGAUGAUCUGCCGGAACCUCUUCUCCUUUUCUAGCAAAAAUCGAGGUCUAGCAACUGCUACUUGGCCUCGGUGUCAGCAGAGUAUACCAGCAGAUGAUGAAGCUCUGCCUGAAAUUAACGAAGCGGAACUGAUUGAAAGAAAAAGGAACACGUCCAGACUAAAUCCACGACAUUACAAGAAGCUCCAUAAAAUAACAAGUCAACUCACAGAGGAUGAGGAACAAGUGUUUUCAUUAUCAUAUCAGCGAAAACUUUAUGGCCGUUAUGGUGCCUCCAGUGGCAUUAAUCCAGCCAAAGCAUGGCCAAGCAAAGAAGAGCUAGAACUUGCAAAGGAAUGGGAAAAUCUUGCUUAUCCUCUUAGUAUUCAAGAGAUGAUUAGUGAAGCAGAACGUCUGAAAAAGGCAGAAGAGGAGAAGAUUAAAAAGAGACAAGCUGACAUCAUGCAGAAGGUAGCCAAGCUAGAGGAUUGGAAAAGAGACGUACGUGAAGGCUUUAAGAAACGGGAAAGAGAAGCCAGGGAAGCAAAGGAAAAGAAGGAACGUCUCAUGGAGGAAGUACGUCAGAUAUUUGGUUUCCGGAUUGAUCCUAAAGAUGAACGUUUCAAAGAAGCAUUGCUGCAGAAAGAGCGGGAAGAGAAACGUGCAGCUAAAGAAGCUAAAAAGAUAGAGCGGCAGCAGAGAAUGAUGGAAAACUUGAGGAAAGCUGCCCAGGAGAGCUCUAGUAGCAGUAAAGAAACAGCUAACUCUUCUGACGGGCUUCAGGGUACUUCUGUUGUUGAAAAUUCAUUAGCACCUCCACAAGUAGAGACUAAAGAAUAAAAAAAAUCAUCACAGAAUAUAUAUAUAUUUAGAUUAUCUUGAAAUAAUGAGAGUUUAAGAUUCUGGAGAUCUUCCAGCAGCUCAUAACAAUGUUUAUUAAAAAAAAAGUUUUAAUACUGAAAACUAAUGAAUGUUCAUAAUGAUUUAUAGUUCACA